AUGCCAAAGCCACGUACCAAGCGCGGUGCCCUCCGCAAUGAGAGAAAACGCAAGCGUCGCGAGGAACAAGAUGCCAACUAUGAGUUCAAGAGACACCGUCAUGACCCCGAGAACGAGAACGACGACGGCGACGGCGACGACGAUGACGGUGAUAAGAGAAGGAGGAAGAAGAAGAAGGAGGACAAUGGACGAGAUCAAGGACAGAUGGACGAAUACGAUGCGUCCAUCUUUGGAGGGGCCGAGAGGGUGGAGACGGAAUUCUUCGGCAUGCUGUCCGACGAGGAGCAGGAGUAUUUCCGCCGAUCGGACGAGCUUCUGGAGCUGAACCAGUUCCCCAGCGCAGAGGACCGCAAACUCUUCCUCGACAGUGUGCUGGGCGAGGCCAAGGGCAAGGAGCUCAAGCUGGCGAGCAGUCAGUCGUGCUCGCGGCUGAUGGAGCGGCUGAUCCAGCUGUGCAGCGCUGCGCAGCUGAAGCGCAUCUUUUCCGCCUUCGCCGGUCACUUCCUCAGUCUGGUGCAGCACCGCUUCGCCAGUCACUGCUGCGAAGCGCUGUUCCUGCGGUCGGCGGGUGCAGUGACGGCUGAGCUGGCCGGGGGGUUCGUGGGUUUCGUCAUCGACGCUUCCAAGCAUGCCGGCGGCGACAAAGAGGAGGAGCCCGAGCUGCCCAUGGAGACCAUGUAUCUCGAGACUCUGGAUGAGCUGGAGGGUCAUCUGCCCUACCUCAUCACCGACCGCUUCGCCUCGCACACCCUGCGCGUCCUGAUCAUGGUCCUCUCGGGCCGUCCGCUCGACGACGCUUCUGUGCGCACCCUGAUCAAGAGCAAGAAGAAGGAGAACAUCUCCGUGGCUGGUGCCGCUGAGGCUGACGAGGGCAAUCAGGGUCUGCGUGCCGUGCCCGAGUCCUUCACCAUGGCUCUGCAAAAGAUUGUCAACGACUCCGUCUCCGGCCUCGACCCUACCAGUCUGCGCGUCCUGGCCAAGCACCCGAUCGGUAACCCGACGCUGCAGCUCCUACUCGAGCUGGACCUCAGCUUCAACAAGAGCGACAAGAAGGCGGCCGACGCCGAGCGGGAGGAGCCCUCUCUGCUGCAGCGCCUCCUUCCCGGUGCGCCGCAGUCUCUGGCUGACGAGUCCUCCGAGGCCUCCGAGUUCAUCAACGGCAUGGUCUACGACCAGAUUGGCUCGCGACUCAUCGAGACCCUCAUCACACACGCACCCGGCAAGGUCUUCAAGUCACUCAGCCACAACAUCUUCCUCCCCCGUAUACAGGGCUACGUGCGAAACGACGUGUCGUGCUACCCUGCCAUACGUGUCCUGGCCCGUCUCGGAAAGGACGACCUCGCCAGUGCCGUGGCCAAGAUCGAGCCCACGGUCCCGCAGCUGGUUGAGAAGACGCGCUACAACGUCCUGCGCACACUUCUUGAGCGCUGCGUGGCCAGAGGCCUCAACGAAGAGAUCAAGCACAUCAACCGCGGUAUCAAGGACGGCUGCGGACCGCAGCCGUCAGACCUGGUCAAGACACUGUGCUCCCUAGGCGACGACGAGGAUGUCACGGGCGAAGGUGGCGAGAAAGAGAAGAAGAAGAAGAAGGCCGACAAGAGCGACGCUUCCCAGCUAUCCCGCAACGAGUACGCCAUCCAGUCGCACGGCGCCCAGCUACUCACGACGCUGCUGUCAAUCCCCGGGCCUUCCAAGGGCGUGCAAGAGGCGCUGCUGGCUCUCUCGCCCGAGCAGCUCCUCCGCCUGGCCAAGGCAUCCCUGCCGACCGUCAACGUGCUCUCGACGGCCCUUGCCACGCCGUCGCCCAACAACCCGGCCUUCCACAAGGUGCUAACCUCGAAGCUGAUUGUGCCGCACACGACCGACCUCGCCACAUCGCAGUACGGCCACAAUCUCAUCAUCGCACUCGCCAGCGUCCCUGGAAAGGGGAGGGACCGCAGCGUGCCCUUCCACAUAAAGGAGGCUGUCAUGAACCGCCUGGGCACUGUCGAGAUGAACCUCCGUUCCACCUGGAUGGGCCGGAGUGUUUGGCGUGCAUGGAAGGGAGAUCUGUGGAAGACCAGGAUGGGUGACUGGAAGGCCUAUAUGAGGGAGGUUGAUGUGGUGCCGGAGCCGGCAAGGUCUGAUGCGAGGUCUGAUGCGAAGAAAGGCGGCCGACCUGAGAGGUGGCAGGAGCCUAGGCUAGAGGAGAAGGAGCCAGCUCCUAUGGAAGAGGAUAUGAGGGAGCAGGCAGGGGAACAGCCGGAGGUGAAGCCUGGCAACGGUGCAGCCGAUGAGACGGAAGAUGUGGUGAUGGGUGAAGCAGAGGAGGAGGAGGUAGAGAAGUCAAAGCUCAAGAAGGAGAAGAAAGAGAAGAAAGAGAAGAAAGAGAAGAAAGAGAAGAAGGAGAAGAAGGAGAAGAAGGAGAAGAAGGAGAAAAGGGAGAAAAGGGAAAAUGCAGAUAAUAAAUAG